UGUGAAUCCAUUAAAUUUAUAAUGUACCAAGAUACUUUUGAAGACGACGAUUUGAUCGCCGAGGUCGAGCUUGUUGCUCAAGCCCGUUAUUCUCAAAACAAUGAUGUUGAUGAUGGUUUUGAUACCGAAGUUGUUUCCAGCCAAACAACAACUGCUCAAAUUCCUGAUGGCGUCAGAAACUUCAUUCUUCAUUUCUACCGUAAUGUUAUCGAUAACAAUGUUUAUGAACUCCACAACAUUUUCGAUAGUUCUUUCAACAAAUUAACCGAAAAGUAUUAUCAAAAGCAAGCAUGGCCCGAGGCUGAAGUCAUUUCCCCUCUUGUCAAUGAUGAUCAAGUUUUCUUGACAUUGUAUCGCGAGCUUUAUUAUCGUCACAUCUAUGCUCAUUUAACCCCUACUUUAGACCAACGUUUCCAUUCUUACGAGAAUUAUUGUGAUCUUUUCAACUAUAUUUUGAACUCUGAAGGACCUGUUUCUUUAGAAUUGCCCAACCAAUGGCUUUGGGAUAUUAUUGACGAGUUUAUUUAUCAAUUCCAAUCUUUCUGUAACUUCCGUGAUCGCACCAAGAACAAGUCUGAUCAAGAAGCUGUUUUGAUGCAGGAAAAUUCCCAAAUCUGGAGUUGUUACAGUGUUUUAAACGUUCUUUACUCUUUCAUCCAAAAGUCUCGUAUCAAUGAACAAUUAUUAGUUAGUAAGAACGGUGGCGAUAUGAUGGAAGCUGCCGGUGAAUAUGGAUCUCGCCCUCUUUACAAGAUGUUGGGUUACUUUUCUAUCGUCGGUCUCGUUCGUGUCCACUGUUUGUUAGGUGAUUACGUUCUUGCCUUAAAGAUGAUGGAUAACAUUGUUUUGAACAAGAAGGCUAUGUUCGCUCGUGUCACUGCCUGUCAUGUUACCACUUACUACUAUGUUGGUUUCGCUUACAUGAUGCUCCGUAGAUAUGCUGAUGCCAUCAAGGCUUUCUCAACUGUUUUAUCUUUCAUCCAAAGAACUAAGCAAUACCACUCUCGCUCAUACCAAUUUGAUCAAAUUGCCAAGAAGGGUGACCAAAUGUACGCUCUUUUGGCUAUUUGUAUUGCUCUCUGUCCUACCAGAUUAGAUGAAAACAUCCAUUCUCAACUUCGUGAGAAGUACGGUGAACAACUCUUCAAGAUGCAAAAGGGUGAAGAAUCUCUUCCUGUCUAUGUUGAUUUAUUCCAAUUUGCCUGUCCUAAAUUCCUUUCCCCCAGUGGUAAGGGUGCUGACCCUCAUCAAAACCAACUCAAGGUUUUCAUGUCUGACAUCAAGAACCAAAUCAACCUUCCUACUCUUCGCUCAUUCAUGAAGCUCUAUACUUCUAUGGGUAUCGAAAAGUUGGCCAAGUUUUUGGAAAUCGACUCUGAAGAACUCACCACUCAAUUAUUAAUCUUCAAGCAAAAGUCUCGCCAAUACAAGUGGGUUAGCGGCAACCUUUUGGAAGGUGAAUAUUUACCCACCUCAGAUCUUGACUUCUGUUUGAAGCAAGAUGUUGUUCAUAUUGCUGAGUCCAAGGUCGGUCGUCGUUAUGGUGAUUGGUUCUUACGUAACAUCAACCGUUGUGAAGAUAUCUUGGCUAAUUUAGAACUUAGCAAGGCUUAAAUAGAUUUCCUCUGUUUUCAUAAUUUUCUCUCUCUCUCUCUCUCUCUUUUUUUUUUUACAUACAAUCUCGAUUAUUACACAACUAUUACUUUUUUUGUUGCCUUACUUUUCAAAUUACAGUUAAAAUUGGUCAACAUUAAAAAUAAAUUGACCAUUCCUUUAAACAAAUGUCAAUGCUGCACAUCCUAUGUAAUACAUAAUCUAAUUGUUGAUAGCAGGAAAUGAUUAUGGCUUCGAAAUGUUGCCGAAUGAGGAUACAUACACUCUGACAUUACAAAGGAAGUUAAGCCUUUUGUAAAUGGUGUAUUCAUGAAUUAUCAGCUACUUCAUCAUUAUAAGGUCUGUUUUUAACCGGAUGUUAAAUGUGGUACCAUAAAUCCUGCAUAAUAAUGUCUAAAAAAUUUGAAAACUAUCAUGUCUGUAAUAAUCCUGAUGAUCUAUCAUCUAAAGUUUAAA